GUUAAAAUGUUAUGUACAGCUGUAACAUCAUAAUGUUAUACCGGUUUAGGUUAGACGGUACUCCACGGCAACGAAGUAUUCAAGGAGGCGAGAAUCUGGACAACCCGUUGACGGCUGACAAUGAGGACAAGUUAGACGGUACUCCACGGCAACGAAGUAUUCAAGGAGGCGAGAAUCUGGACAACCCGUUGACGGCUGACAAUGAGGACAAGUUAGACGGUACUCCACGGCAACGAAGUAUUCAAGGAGGCGAGAAUCUGGACAACCCGUUGACGGCUGACAAUGAGGACAAGUUAGACGGUACUCCACGGCAACGAAGUAUUCAAGGAGGCGAGAAUCUGGACAACCCGUUGACGGCUGACAAUGAGGACAAGUUAGACGGUACUCCACGGCAACGAAGUAUUCAAGGAGGCGAGAAUCUGGACAACCCGUUGACGGCUGACAAUGAGGACAAGUUAGACGGUACUCCACGGCAACGAAGUAUUCAAGGAGGCGAGAAUCUGGACAAACCGUUGACGGCUGACAUAGAGGACAAGUUAGACGGUACUCCACGGCAACGAAGUAUUCAAGGAGGCGAGAAUCUGGACAACCCGUUGACGGCUGACAAUGAGGACAAGUUAGACGGUACUCCACGGCAACGAAGUAUUCAAGGAGGCGAGAAUCUGGACAACCCGUUGACGGCUGACAAUGAGGACAAGUUAGACGGUACUCCACGGCAACGAAGUAUUCAAGGAGGCGAGAAUCUGGACAACCCGUUGACGGCUGACAAUGAGGACAAGUUAGACGGUACUCCACGGCAACGAAGUAUUCAAGGAGGCGAGAAUCUGGACAAACCGUUGACGGCUGACAAUGAGGACAAGUUAGACGGUACUCCACGGCAACGAAGUAUUCAAGGAGGCGAGAAUCUGGACAAACCGUUGACGGCUGACAAUGAGGACAAGUUAGACGGUACUCCACGGCAACGAAGUAUUCAAGGAGGCGAGAAUCUGGACAACCCGUUGACGGCUGACAAUGAGGACAAGUUAGACGGUACUCCACGGCAACGAAGUAUUCAAGGAGGCGAGAAUCUGGACAACCCGUUGACGGCUGACAAUGAGGACAAGUUAGACGGUACUCCACGGCAACGAAGUAUUCAAGGAGGCGAGAAUCUGGACAAACCGUUGACGGCUGACAAUGAGGACAAGUUAGACGGUACUCCACGGCAACGAAGUAUUCAAGGAGGCGAGAAUCUGGACAACCCGUUGACGGCUGACAAUGAGGACAAGUUAGACGGUACUCCACGGCAACGAAGUAUUCAAGGAGGCGAGAAUCUGGACAACCCGUUGACGGCUGACAAUGAGGACAAGUUAGACGGUACUCCACGGCAACGAAGUAUUCAAGGAGGCGAGAAUCUGGACAACCCGUUGACGGCUGACAAUGAGGACAAGUUAGACGGUACUCCACGGCAACGAAGUAUUCAAGGAGGCGAGAAUCUGGACAACCCGUUGACGGCUGACAAUGAGGACAAGUUAGACGGUACUCCACGGCAACGAAGUAUUCAAGGAGGCGAGAAUCUGGACAACCCGUUGACGGCUGACAAUGAGGACAAGUAUUUGAAGAAACUCAUAUUUUUCUCUAAGUAUUUCUUCAAAUACUUAGAGUAUUUUGAAGACACUUAUAUUUCGUCUGACUGUUCAAUACCAGCAACUACUGACAAACAUGAACCAAAUAACAAUAUCAGUAAUUGUGAUAAUAUUCUUACUUUAAGUAAUUUAACAGUUUACAGUAAAACAGUAAGAAACCAUGUUUAGUAUUAAAGAUUAUAGUACGAUAUGAAAUUAGUAAUAGUAUAAAGUAAGAAUAAUAAUCAUGAUAUUAUUGUUAUAUCGAUCAACAAACGUGUAACGCGACAGUACUCUUCACAGACCUUUUCAACUGACGUACCCCUGGGAAGUCAACGACAAUAAUACUUUAAAAAACAGUUCAAAUACAACAUCUACGAAGUCAAAGAUGCAGCCAAACUACUUUACUAACAAAACUACUGCAGGCGAGUAUGAGUUAUUGGACAUAAAAGUCGAUCAAACUGAUCGAGAGAUAUUUAUCGAACAGUUUGGCAAGCCGGAAGCAGUCUUGGAUAAUGAAGGGUAUUUGUAUGAUAUAUUUGAGGAUAGUAAAGAAGAAAAACAAACUGGUCGUUCGUCUUCAGCAUACGAUUCUCAAGAUAAAAGCGAAUCAAAAAGUAUGUAAUUAAUAAUAAUAAGAGAAGAGGAAACGUAUGUAGACGAAUGGUCUCUAGAGGACAGCGGUGCAAUGAGCGACCUACGUUGUUGUAUGUCAUUCCCAGGCUUGGCAUACAGCUAUAGAAAUAUGGAGCGAAUUUAUGCCGGGGCGUACGGCGUUGACGACUUCAGGGAAAUCGCUUGUAAGCACCCAAAAUUAUACUAUAGAUAUUUCCAAUACAAAUCAGUAGCAUUCUUUUUAAAACAUUAUACAAAGUUAGAUCCAAAUUAGACUGUAAUUCAUAUAUUAAUUAUAUUUAAUUUAUUUUUUCGCAAAACCCUAAGUUAUUUUGGAACUAUAUCAAAAAUUUAAAGAAAAAUAAUAAUAUCUCUUCUGAUAUAGAACUUAAUAAUAUUCAUAAAUCAAUAUGGCCCUAAAAUAUUGGAACUAUUUAAGGGUUAUUUUAGCUCUGUGUACUCAAAAGACAGUACUGAUCUAAAAGAUUUUACUACUCCUUUAUCGUAUAUGGAUUGAUCUACCUAAUAUCCAGUUUUCCCUCUCUAUAAUAUUUAUUAGCUUGGGUGGAAUAAGCACAAAUCCUAGUCCCGACCCUGAUGGAGUUUCAGAAAUACUACUGUAGUACAGAGUAGAUUUAAAUAAAUAGAUUAAGCAAAACAAAUUAUAUGUUCAAAUUAUGAAAUAUUUUGUACUGUAUUACAAUAAUGCUAAUUCGGCAAAACAUUCAAAUGACCCACUUUAACUUAAUGUAAAAUAAGCAAAACAAUAUUAACUAUUUUUGACUAUAAAAGACGAAUGUAAAACAAGCCAAGGACGUCUCUCCGCUUAGCAUUAACUAGGUGGAGAACUUAUUGUAUCGACUGUUGUUUUGUGCCAUUAUACUUUAUUUCUAAAGUAUAUUUUCGACUUGCGUAUUUAUUUAUUAACGUUACCUUUAAGUGUCUCAUUUUUAAGAGUUAAAGUUUACCUUUUAAAUAACGUGUGCUAGGACAACCUUUUUAGUAAUCAAAAUUGCAAAUAGUCUUUAUUCUUUAAAGAUCUAUACUUACGGAAAUAGGCAUUAAUCUUGCACUAGGUAUAAUUGAAUAUAGUCCCUAACUACGAUUAAACCUGUAUUAGGCGUCUGGUUGAUUACUACUUAGUGUGGGUUAGUCGUCUGGCUGAAGUAUAGUUCCGGAAGGUUUAAACGGCUGGGCAUUGGCUUUGAUCAACUUUAAAGGAUCCUAGUAUAACAUCUUUAAAAGGUAUAACGUUGUGCGUAUCGAGUUAAUACUGUAUACGACACUACUUAAAUAUUGUAAAUAU